AUGGAUCUCAAGUACGACCGGCAGCUGCGGUUGUGGGGCACUGAUGGGCAGCGGGCCCUCGCAGCGGCACACGUUUUUCUUCUCGGCGCCACCGCCACUGCUGCUGAAACUCUAAAGAAUUUAAUUCUCCCUGGAGUUGCCCGCUACACUAUUGUUGAUAAUGCCCUUCUCACACCAGAGGCAUUAGGGAAUAAUUUCUUUGUUACGAUGGAGGAUUAUUUAGAGCGACGCCCGUUGGCUCAGGCACUCGUGCAGCAUUUGAAUGAAUUAAAUAUAUACAGUUCUGUAGGCAAAGCCAUUGUGGACUCGUGUGAGGCGUGGGUGGAGAGAUUUAUAUCUCAACAAACUCUCAUGAAUGAAAUAAUAACAGCAGAGGAACAACAACAACAAAUAAGAGAAGAAGAAGAAGAGGAAGAAAGAUGGAAAAACAUGCCAACUCUUAUUGUAGCCACACCGAAACUUCCUGCAGCAUCUCUUCGUCGUCUUGCAUCUUAUUUAAAGAAUGAAACAAACAUACCGUUAGUGUAUAUUCAAACUACGGGUCUUAUUGGAUUAAUCCAUAUACAAGAAAAGGAACGACUUAUUAUUCAUACAGAACCUAAACCAGAAACUCUUGUAGAAGAUCUUCGUAUCUUUAAUCCAUUUCCAUCUCUUCAGGGAUGGUUUCUCUCACAUAAUCCAGAGAAUAAUGAAUUAUUUGAGGAUAAUCUUGAAUUACAUAGUCAUCUCCCAUGGAUUGCAAUUCUUUAUCAUGCUCUUCAACGUCUUCGAAGUGAACGUGGAGAACCAGAGUUUAUACCAACUACAAAGGCAGAUUAUGAUAUGUUAAAGAAAGUUAUUAUUUCUUUUAUUCGUCGUCCAUCACCACCACAAGAGGGAUUUAUGGAAGCUCUUGAAAAAUGUCGUACCGUUCUGAAUAGACCUUCUCAUUUACCCUUGACACUUUUAAAAGUAUUAGAGGAUCCUCGAGUAGAAGGAAAAAAAAAGAUAAUUUCAUCAUUUCAUCAUCCAUAUUAUCAUUAUUAUUAUAAUCAUUAUCAUCAUGAUGAUGGUAAAUCCUUAGAGAGAAUUACACCACUUUGUUGGGCUGUGAUAAAAGGUAUUAAACGAUUUAUCGCAGAAAAUAAUGGAGUUCCCCCAUUCUGUGGAUAUAUACCCGAUAUCACCACUACCACUCAGUGGUAUAGUGAAUUAACCGCUAUUUAUACAGAAAAAAUGAAGGAAGACUGUUCAAGAGUCUUUAAAUAUGCAUUGGAGGAAUUUAUAGAUGCCGAUAUAAAUAAUAAUGAUGAAACAUGUUUAUUGGAGUUAACAAAGGCAUUAAUACAGAAUUUAUGGACACUCCAAUUAAUAAACUCUUCCCCUGAUCUGGAUGAAGAAGUAUGGGUUUCCCUUCAGCAAGAACGUUUUACACAGUACUUUUUAAAUUGUAGUAAUGAGGAGGAACGAUUUACGGUAGAAUUGUAUGCGGCUCUUUUGGCUGCACGAUACUUUGAGGAACAAUAUGGACGUCCACCCGGCUCUAUAUAUGAAACUCCAUAUAAACAAGAUAUUAUGUGGAAAGAUGAUGCAAAGGAACUUUUACGUAUUGUGGAAAUAUCACGACAAGGAGAAUCUCACAGUGACUGUAGUGAUACUAUUCAUAAUAAUAAUAAUAAUAAUAAUAAUAAUAAUAAUAAUAAUAAUAAUAAUAGUGAUAGUAAUAGUAAUCUUACUUUAAAAGCAUGUAUGGAACUGGCACGAUUUGGUGGAGGUGAACCGGCUUUCAUGGCUUCCAUUAUUGGAGCUGCGGCGGCGCAGGAGUGUAUUAAAUUGAUCCAACACCGUCGAGUGCCUAUUCAACAACCGCUGGUCUUUGAUGGAUAUAGGAGUUGUUUCUGGCUUAUUCCUCCUCUCUCUUCAAGGUAG